UUCCUCCUCUUAGAAGUUUCCAGCGGCAAAAAACUUUAGCUUUGGUUCCAAAUUUAUGCGCGCAAUUAGGGAUUUUUCUGAGGAUAGUUUGAGAGAAGAGUAAGAAUCAUGAGCUUGAAGAGUAGAGGAAUAGGAGGAGAGGCUUCACCGAGGAGUAUGGUUUCCAAAAAAUGGACCUUUCUUCUUUGCCUUGGAAGCUUCUGCGCUGGGCUGCUCUUCACAAAUAGAAUGUGGACAAUGCCUGAACCAAAAGACAUCAUCAGGCGAACUGGAACAGAAGAGAUUAAGAUGAAUCUAGUUUCCAGCGAUUGUAAUAUUAAGUCUAUUAAGAAACAAGAGUCCAAUGACAUCAUAGGUGAAGUUUCAAAAACCCACCAUGCCAUACAGACUCUGGAUAAAACAAUUUCAAAUUUAGAAAUGGAAUUAGCUGCUGCAAAAGCUGCACAAGAAUCAAUUCUUCAUGGUUCUCCAGCCUCAGAAACAGCAAAACCUACUGAAUCUUUGAAGAAAAGAAAAUAUUUGAUGGUUGUUGGAAUAAAUACAGCAUUUAGCAGUCGUAAGCGAAGAGAUUCAGUUCGCGCUACAUGGAUGCCACAAGGUGAAAAAAGAAAGAAGCUAGAGGAAGAAAAAGGCAUUGUCAUUCGAUUUGUUAUUGGUCACAGUGCCACCUCGGGUGGAAUUCUUGAUAAAGCUAUUGAAGCAGAGGAUAUGAAGCAUGGGGAUUUCAUGAGGCUGGAUCAUGUUGAAGGGUACCUUGAAUUAUCAGCCAAGACUAAAGCAUACUUUGUUACUGCCGUCUCUAUGUGGGAUGCUGAAUUUUAUGUAAAGGUUGAUGAUGACAUACAUGUAAAUAUAGCAACUUUGGGAAAUACUUUAGCAAGGCUUCGCUCGAAGCCGAGGGUGUAUAUUGGUUGCAUGAAGUCGGGUCCAGUCCUGGCGCAGAAGGGAGUGAGGUAUCAUGAACCUGAGCAUUGGAAAUUCGGGGAAGCAGGUAACAAGUAUUUCCGUCAUGCCACUGGUCAACUAUAUGCUAUUUCAAAGGAUUUGGCAAACUACAUAUCCAUAAACCAACAUGUUCUACACAAGUAUGCAAAUGAGGACGUUUCAUUAGGUUCUUGGUUUAUUGGCUUAGAUGUGCAACAUAUUGAUGAUCGUAGGCUAUGCUGUGGCACCUAUCCUGACUGUGAAUGGAAAGCACAAGCUGGAAACCUCUGCAUAGCCUCGUUCGAUUGGAGCUGCAGUGGCAUCUGCAAGUCUGCAGAAAGGAUUAAAGAGGUCCAUCAACGAUGCGGCGAAGGAGAAAAUGCAAUAUGGAAUGCGGUUUUCUAAUGCAUUCAAGAUUUGUGAGAUGUAUUUUAGUAUUGAACUGAAAUAGGAUCACAAAUUUUAAAUGGAUUUUGGUAGGAGAGGGCAUCUUCUAUUAUAUAUAGAUAUAUGUUUUUUCUUUCUUCUUUUUGUGAGAUCGCCAUUGUAGAUGAUAGAGAAAGAAUGAUGAAGAUAUGAAGGAGAGGGAGAGGCUGCUUGCCUCCCUCCCACAUUCUUCACCUAUGCUUUGAUGAGCAACUUUGUACUUUGUAAAACUUGGUUCAAAUCAAUAUAUUGCUGAUUUUCAAUAA